ACGUGACCAGAAGGGGGCGGGAGGAGGCGAACCGAAUUUGGCUGGGCACCUUCCCUUCGAGCAGGCGGGCGGCGCCGAAAACCAAACAAACGUCUUCCGAGCGCUGGAGGGCGGGGCAGACGUGAGCGGGCCUCGCUUCUGGAGCCGGGGCCUUCCGCCGAGUUGGCUUUUCGGUUGUCGGCCGCGGCGGCCGGGCGGUCUGCGGUCGGGCUGCGAGGCGCGGGGCAAUGGCGACCUUUGUGAGCGAGCUGGAGGCGGCCAAGAAGAACUUGAGCGAGGCCCUGGGGGACAACGUGAAGCAAUACUGGGCCAACCUAAAGCUGUGGUUCAAGCAGAAGAUCAGCAAAGAAGAAUUUGAUCUUGAAGCUCAUAGGCUUCUCACGCAGGAUAAUGUCCAUUCUCACAACGAUUUCCUUCUGGCUAUUCUCACGCGCUGUCAGAUUUUGGUGUCUACACCAGAGGGUGCUGGAUCUUUGCCCUGGCCGGGAGGUUCUGCAGCCAAACCUGGAAAACCCAAGGGAAAGAAAAAGCUUUCGUCUGUUCGUCAGAAAUUUGAUCAUAGAUUCCAGCCUCAAAACCCCCUCUCAGGAGCCCAGCAGUUUGUGGCAAAGGAUCCCCAAGAUGAUGACGACUUGAAACUGUGUUCCCACACAAUGAUGCUUCCCACUCGGGGCCAACUGGAAGGGAGAAUGAUAGUGACUGCGUAUGAGCAUGGACUGGACAAUGUCACUGAGGAGGCCGUUUCAGCUGUUGUCUAUGCAGUGGAGAAUCACCUUAAAGAUAUCCUGACAUCAGUUGUGUCAAGAAGAAAAGCAUAUCGGUUACGCGAUGGCCAUUUUAAAUAUGCCUUUGGUAGUAAUGUAACCCCACAGCCAUACCUGAAGAAUAGUGUAGUAGCUUACAACAACUUAAUAGAAAGCCCUCCAGCUUUUUCUGCUCCCUGUGUGGGUCAGAACCCAGCGUCCCACCCGCCCCCUGAUGAUGCAGAGCAGCAGGCUGCGCUCUUGCUGGCGUGCUCUGGGGACACUCUGCCUGCGUCUUUGCCUCCAGUGAACAUGUACGACCUUUUUGAAGCUUUGCAGGUACACCGGGAAGUCAUUCCUACCCAUACCGUCUAUGCCCUUAACAUCGAAAGGAUCAUCAUGAAGCUCUGGCACCCAAAUCACGAAGAGCUACAGCAGGACAAAGUCCACCGCCAGCGCCUGGCAGCCAAGGAAGGACUUCUGCUAUGCUAAAUUAGGAUUGGAGGGUGUGGGGCCCUCACCAUAUUCUUUGGUUAUUGAAAAUUGAAUGUUUUUUGGGUCCACAUUUCAAGGCUGAAAUGUAUAGUGUAUAUAUAACUUUUCCUAUGGAAAUGUGACCGUUGAGUACAUUUUGUGUUGCUACUGUGAAGCCAUUCAUAUAAAUCUUUGAUAAUGACCCAUAUCUCUGUAUGUAUGUGUUCCCAGUGGUGGGAGAAGGCACAGUAAAGCUCUGUGCCUGGAAGGAGAUAUUUAGGCACCUGAGGCUUAGUGUCCUCUGGUCUGCAUGUAAGAUAGAUGACAUUCUAGAACAAAGAAACUGUUAUAACUUAGUCCUCAUGAUCAGCAGGACAUCCAUGUGUUCAGUGACAUCAUAUAUUCUGUAUCUAAAAGUCUAAAAUUUCUGCCUUUCUCCAGAAGAAUUGUGCUCUUGCAUUUUGGUUGAAAUAACUUGCAGUGUUAAAAACCAGAUAUCUUCUUUAGUAACCAGUUUAAUUUCUAACAGCUACAGGUAGCCUCCGAAUGAGUCAUCAUUACAACUCUACAGAAAAUAUAAUGUGGAAAUGCUGUGCUGUUAGACAAAACAAAGCCCUUUGCAUUUAAAACUAAAAUAAAAAUAAGCAAAACUCUUGGAAUGCAAUUAAACUUAUAAAAAUGUCUUCCCAUAAUGCAAGUUUUUUUAGUCAAUAUGCCCACAGACUUUGAUUGGCAAGUUAAUCUAUGAAUUAUUCCUAUAGAAUGUGUUAUAAGGAAUUUAUACACUUGGAUUUAUACUUGGUAAUUUACCUAUUCUUAUGAAAUAUCGAUUUCUGUCCUUUCAAGUGAUAAAGUAAAAUUAAUUUAUAUGCGACAGUGUUAUUGAUAACUUUGUUUUUUGAGAUAUGCUUCUUUUUACUCAAGAGAUAGUGUUGAUGGAUGAAUUAGAAUGUAUAGAUGGUCUGCAUAGGUCUAAAUAAUGUAUGUAUAGUAUGUAUAUAUGGUCCACAUAUCUGGAUGUGUAUUUGAUUUUGUACUUUAAAUGUGACAAAUAAACAUUUUGGGAGAAAA